UCCCGCUGCAGCCACCACUGUCUGCACAAAGCUGCCCCCUCAUCCCACACCAAAUCUUCUCCAACCCCCCAACUUUUUUUCGUUCCCAGUCGUCUUCUCCCUGGCGCUGCUGUAAUCUGUACCUGCGCCCGCGCUCCUCCACCCGCUUUGUGAUUAUUGCGCGCGUCGCUCUCCAUCGUCACUCAUAUUUCCCCCCCCCCUCGACUCGGUGUUCGCUUGUCGCGUUCCCACCAAAUAAUCCCGCCAAACCAACCACCUCGAGUCCCGCAAUCCCCAGCCUCGCUUUCAUUUUCCCCCCUGCGCGCGAUCGUCGCUCCAACUGCCUCCAUCCCCGCGCCGCGCGGCCAUAUGCAUCGCGAGGAAUGAACGUGGACCGCAACGCGCAAAGUGCAUCGCCAGGUGCGGCGGCCGCCAACGCCAACAACGCGUUCGCGCCUCUGGCAUCGAACCGCACAAGCCCGUUUCCCGCAGCCAACGCUGCAUCAAAGAACACAAUGGCCGUCCCGGCCUUCCUCCCGCCCUCGCAGCCCUUCCGGGCGCCCGCCACCUCUCAGCCGGGCUAUCCACCGUCCCUCCCGGCCGCCAAUUCGCUCGAUCGCGACCCUCCCAAGACCCUCGGCGCGCCAUUGCCCGUCUCAACGCCCACCUUGUCGUCGGCGCUGAUUCGAAAAUUGCCGCCCAACACGUCGGAAGAGUCGCUGCGCUUGAUGAUGGUGUUCUCCAAGGAUCUUUCGGACGUUGAGCUCUUGCCCCUCGAGCAAUCCGUCGAUCCAGGUUUCCGAUCUGCCAUUCUGAAGUUCAAGAGCCCAGCGGGCGCCCAGGAAGCGAAGAACAUGCUGGACGGCAAGCCCAACAUCUCCAACGAUGCCGAGAUGAUUGUGGAGAUUUUGGGUGGCUCAGGCCCAACCUCGCUCGGAAGCGGAUUCUCAAGCGACGCGAUCAGGGCUGCUUCCAGCGCUGCUCCGUCAGCCCCCUCGUCGAGACAAGCGUCCCGCUUCAACGGCACUUUCCAGUCGCUGGACAAGAUUACGCCUCCCAUGAGCGCCAUCUACAAAGACUUGCCCCCCUAUGAGACCAAUGCGUCCUAUCAGAAUAUCUUUGGCCCGCAGUCGCCCAUCGGGAAUCACCUGGCCAAUGGCGCCCAUGCCACCAGCAAGUCGCUCAUCGAUGCCGCCGACGAUGAGGAGACCGGGGAACUCUUGAAGGACCCUGUUGGCUUCGCCGAGAACGGCCCUCCUCGCCGCCAGACGGUGCCCCAGCUGCCCAUUUCCCGCAUGGCAAGCCUUUCGCUCAACACCACCCCGACAACCACCCCCGGUCAUACCCCGAUGCCCCAUUAUGGCCAUCCGGGAAUGGCGCCCCUCUCCGCGCAUGCAAAUACCAUGUCCCCCACAGGGAUGGCCGGCCCGGGCAUGGGAUACAAUCCGCAGCCGUCUUACCGGAUGAACUACCCUCCCGCCAACCCUGCAGAUCAGAACCCACCCUGCAACACGCUCUAUGUUGGCAACCUCCCUCUUGAUACGUCAGAGGAGGAGCUCAAGGCCAUGUUCUCCAAGCAACGUGGUUACAAGCGGCUGUGUUUCAGGACCAAGGCAAACGGGCCCAUGUGUUUCGUUGAGUUCGAGGAUAUCAGCUUUGCGACCAAGGCACUGAAAGAGCUUUAUGGACAACCGCUCCAUAACAGCGUCAAAGGCGGUAUUCGCCUGAGUUUCUCCAAGAACCCGCUUGGUGUUCGUUCCAACCAGAACCAGGGACAGAACGGCACGGGAGCCAUGAGCAGCGCGAACGGGAUGCACCACGGUCCAACUAGCGGCUUCACCACAGCCAGCGGCCCGCCACCUGGACUGGCUGCGCCCCCGGGCCUCGGCAUGGGCCGUGGAGGAUACACGGCGUCGUCCGGCCUGGGGCCCGGCAUGAACAACAUGUACAACUCUCCUGCUGGGUCCACCAACCCAUGGGGCGGGAUGUACAACAGCAACGGACCGGUGAUGGCCGGCUCUGCCUCGGCCUUUCCGGGGUAUAUGCUUGGCCGCUGACCCAACAGCUGUCCAUCCAUCGGAAAAACUCGAUUAAAGUUCAUGUCGAGGGGCUGAUGUUUCGAUGUUUUUGUUUUUUUUCACCCUGUUUCUUCCUCGGCUGUCGAGGCCUUUCGGACGUGCCCAGUUCGCUUGUCCAGGGCCGACUUUUCGAAUCUGGCGCCAAACGCUCGGCCGGCCUGAGUGACCAAGAACGAGCAACGAUACCCGCCGGUCAACACUCACAG